UAAUGGAGCGCUACUCUACUCUAGUGUUUACGGUAUCCGUGCUCUAAUGCUCUUCCAAUCCCGCAGCUCUUGCUCCUGCCUGCGGUCACAUCUUAUUGCCAGAACUUCAGUGACGCGGUGACACUGGAUUUCUGUGUUAUUCAUUCACGCUCUGCGUCAUUUUCUUCGUUUAAUUACGUUUAUUUUGCAAAACAUCUCUUACCGAGAGGCGCCGCAUUUUGUAUCCUUGGUCGCAGCCCAUUUGGAGCCGCUUUUGGAUGUUUUGUUGCGGACGGUUAGAGAGCACUGAUCAUCAGCCGGCGUUAAGACCUCUCAGCUUUAAGAAUAAGAUUCUUAUUUAGAAACGGUUAGCUAUAUAAUCAGGUAGGUAGGCUACUGGCGUUUUGUGCACACGUCUUUCUACGCUUAACAGCUACUUAUUAUUGAUCCGUUUUAUUCUGUUGUAGCAAGACAAUUCCCGUCCGUGUUCAUGCCAGAUCUGCAGCGCUUUAGUUUUCCAUACCAUAGCAUGAAUCCUUUGUUGGGUGCCAACACGCAUCUCCAACAGCAUCAGAGUCAAGCUCCCGGACACCCGGACUCUCCUUCAGGACUCCUGUCAGACGCCGUUUUCGGUGGACCGGACCCGACGUCCUUUUUUCUGGGUGAGCAGCACGGGCAGGGGCCUGAUCAUCCGGGGCCUGACUUCACCGCACCCUCACAGACCUCACUUUACCUCCACCACAACCACAGUCACUACCAGCACCGCGCUGUGCCACAUCCCCCCGCAGCCAUGGCUCUCAGAAACGACUUGGGAUCCAACAUCAGCGUCCUGAAAACUCUCAACCUGAGGUUCAGAUGCUUUUUGGCAAAAGUACACGAAUUAGAGCGCAGGAAUAAGAUUUUAGAGAAGCAGUUGCAACAGGCGCUGGAUGACAACUGCUGUCAAGGUGGAUGCUGUAAGGGCAGGGGGCACACCCAGGAGGCAGGUGUACAGACCGGAUUUGUCGAGACCAUCCCGCUCAAGCCCGGAUCCCUCCCCUUCCACAACACCAACAACUCAGCCAGGAGGCCUACAACACUGUUCACACCGCCACUCACAACAGCAUCCGCAGAAAACUCCAGUUCAACCCAAACAAAUGCCACUUGUAACCCAGCCAUCACCAUCAGCCAGGCCUCUCCCUGUGUGGACUCCCCUGGCUCUGGCUCUAAAAGUUUCUCCAACACCAGCGCAGGCCCGGGGAGCUCCACCAACCCCCCUCCACGGUUCCUCCCAGGCACCAUCUGGUCCUACAACCACACCCGCAAGUUUGGCCCUGGUGCAGAGCGUCUGACCAGCCCAGGAGUAUCCUGGGUGCACCCUGACGGAGUCGGGGUCCAGAUUGACACCAUCACCCCUGAGAUAAGAGCCCUGUAUAAUGUACUGGCCAAAGUGAAGAGGGAGAGAGAUGAGUAUAAACGCAGAUGGGAAGAAGAAUACACUAUGAGGAUGGAUCUGCAACAGAAAAUUGGGGACCUACAAGAGGACCUGCAGGAGAGUGAAGGCUGUCAGGACGAACUGGCACUCAGAGUUCAGCAGCUGAAGGCAGAGCUGGUUCUCUUCAAAGGCCUCAUGAGCAAUAACUUCACAGAUUUGGACAGUAAGAUCCAGGAGAAAGCCAUGAAGGUGGACAUGGACAUCUGCCGCAGGAUUGACAUCACCGCUCGUCUCUGUGACGUAGCUCAGCAGAGGAACUGUGAAGAUGUGAUCCAGAUGUACCAGGUUCCUAACAACCAAUCAUCCCUAAACUGCCGCCGGAAACAUACUCCUCUGUCCUUCAACGGAAGCGAGUGUGACGAACCUGUCAGCACCUCUGAAAGUGACGGGGGCGGGGUCAAAGACGAAGAGCACUGUGGCUCAUCAGCCAAUCAGAUCAAUGAGGAGAUGCAGAGGAUGCUGAACCAACUGCGUGAAUGUGAGUUUGAGGAUGAUUGCGACAGUCUGGCCUGGGAGGAGACUGAAGAGACGCUGCUUCUUUGGGAGGACUUCCCAGGAUGCACUCUGCCUCCUGACCCCACCCACCCACCAGGAGAGGAGGACUGUCUGGAAAAGGUGAUUAAUGACACAGAAUGUCUUUUCAAGUCCAGAGAGAAGGAAUACCAAGAGACAAUUGACCAGAUUGAGCUGGACCUGGCCACAGCAAAGAGUGACAUGAACCGACACCUCCAUGAGUACAUGGAGAUGUGCUCGAUGAAGAGAGGCCUGGAUGUUCAGAUGGAGACCUGCAGGAGACUCAUCACACAGAGUGGAGACCGUAACUCUGCGGCACCUGCGUCUGCUGAGGAUGGUGACCAGGGAGAAAACGACAGGUAUUCGUCCUCUCCGCCUUCCUCCAGUGCUGGGAGAUCUUGACACUUCCUCACUCCGGCAGUAACGGGGCCUGUGGUCACGUAACCUCCACUGCAUCCAGCUACAGUACCACACUGACGCAAUACACACCUGUAACUAUGGCAACACCAUGUUUACAUAUGAACCUCUUUUAUUUACGGAGUCAUAUUGUUAAUUCUUCCUGCUGUCCAUGCAAGUCAACUUUGGUUUGACGAGACCUUUUAGCACUGAAACUAUGAUUGAGUAGCAGAGCUGGAUUGUUGUCAUUACUACUUCAUGCAGACGUCACUGCCCUGCAGAGGGGAGAGGUCGGACCUUGUCAUCUUGUGUUUGACAGCAGAAUCUAAAAAUGGAUUGUCCUGUGAAGAUUCAGAAAGUUGAGUAUCCUGAAUGUAUUGUAAGUAAAGGGGCUGAUGUUCUUGCAGUGCAGUACACUACAGGAAAGCAUAGCAUGACUUAUUCAAUCCAGACACAGUAAAAACACUUGAUAACCCGGGCAUUGAUGCUAAUCAAGCAAAUACAUGUUGUAAGGUUACUUCAUAGAGUCCACUCCACACAUAUUUACAGUCCUGUAAUUACCUUCUUUCACUAAACAAACAAAAUGCAAAGGGAGCAGACUUAGUCAGUUUGAUAUUGAUAAUGAUGAGUCUUUAAAGCCUAAAAAGAUGUCAUGAUUCAGCAUUGUACUGCCUUACAGCUACAGAUUCAGAGCUUGCUUUCCAGAGGCAGAGCAAACAUGAAGUCAUAAAUAAAUCAUACAUCCGUGCUUUAUUUAGCAAACAUAAAAAUUAUAAAACACCAAACAUUAGCUGUGGAGCAGCAGAGUGGUGUCUCUGAAUACCAACAUCCCUCCUCCUUCUUGGCAACUUGAAUUAGGUAUGAUCCUGAAAACAGUAAAACUAAAAAAUGUUUUGGUCCUCUGUCACAAUUCACUUAUUUAUUUGCUGCAAAUUACCUGAAUCCAAACUGGAUUUUAUGGGAGGAAUCCACUUUGAAAAAGUAUAACCAUGUUAUUCAUUGCUGAUGUACUUUGGAUUUCUUGGCACACCGAGAGGGAAAACAUCAAUUUGCCAGUGGGAAUUGUUGAAAAUGAAUUUAGAAAAUAACUAACUAGAGCACAGACAAGGUAAUUUACAACAUUUCAUAACAAAGAGAACUCCAUCUCAAAUGCAGACAAAACUGUUAAUGGUGCUUCAUAAGAAACAGCAGAGAAGAAUGUUUGUCAGUGUCAGAGGGAAGCAUGUUUGAGGCAAACGGUUUAAAAUGCAUUCUCUUGAAGCUGAUCUGAAGUCAGUGUUGGCUCUUCGUUCUGCUCUCUGCCAAUAAAAGUACUGUGUGAUGAAGUGCACUGACACCCAAGUGUCAUGUAGCUGUUAGUAAUUAGUUUCAUUUUCAGCAGUAAUGCUUAGAUUAGAGUCAGGCCCUGUGUUUUUCGAGCAGAGCUGCAUGUUUGAGCAGAAUAACUUUUAAAAGAGAACAAAAGGAAAUAAUGUAAGUUAGCUGUUGAGUGCCAAAAUAAAAUGGUCAGAUUGUAAAUCAACAGGUAAUUGCUGUAAAAAAGCAAAACAAUGUCUAAAUAUAGCUGCCAAAGCUGUUUCACCAGGGUGCUUGAUGUAUAAAAUAAACCUGUUGUUGAGCCUGUUUGCACAAAGGAAGAGCAAAGCAAAAAUGUAUAUAAAACAAUCAGCACUAUUGUAAAACAUGAAACAUACAAAUGUCGACACGCUGGAAAAAGAAAACUAUAUUUCUUCUAUUGAUAUUUCCUCAUCUUUUACAUGUUGCAGGUGGGGUACUAGAUUAAUGAAUUUAAACACAAACGCAUACGUCAUUUUAACUUCAUUUGUGUUUAUCAGGGCACAUUCAACCAUGAACUUUAACUCAGACACACUGCUAAAGUAAAACAUACUGUAUGUUAGCAUACUGCUGGAAAUCAUCACUGGCAGGGGAACGCCCCCCACCCAUCACUGCUCUAUUAUCAGACACCGUUGUCUAAAUAUAGUCCUGGCUGUAGUUUCUUCUGUGUGGUUGUACAAGGUGAAAUAUUUCUUCUGCUUCUACUACGACUCACACUACAACACGUUGUUUCAAUAAUAAUGAUCGUAAGAGGGCAGAUUUGAAGCUUAUGUAAUCUCAUGCAUGUGUGGCCGUUGGAAUUAGCUGAAUGCUAAUCGCAGUGUUUCCACUACUGUUUGAACACAGAAAGAGGAUGUGAGAGAUAAAUUGUGUGAGACAUAAAACACGCCAUUUCCCUUUGUAUAGUUUUACUUUUACGCACUGAGUGAGUCUCUAUGUAUGCAUGUGCCAGUGUGUAUGUUUUUGGGUGUUAUGUCUGUAUAGCGAGUGUUUUUAAAAAGACUUUUACUGGGGCAAAUGUACAACAUGAAGAAGAAGGAAACAUAACCAGUCCAAUUUGAUAUUGUCUCUAUGUUUAGCAUUUGAGACUAAGCUGUCUUUUUGACAAUAAUCACCUCAAAAUUGUAAAUAUUGAAAUGAUAAUGGAGUUCUUUUUUCCAUUGGUACCUUUUCUUUAUGAGUGUAUGUGGUUGCCAAACAAAGUCAAUUUAAAAAUAACUCAAGUUAAAAACAAAACAAAGCGGAACUUCUGAAAUGCAAAUGCUUUAGCGAAUUGACUGUAAGAUGGCUUUGAUAUUAUAUGUGUAAAGGAAAUAUAGCUUUGAAUAUAUACCUGUGUUCAAAGACUGCAAAUGAAGAAUGUCCACAGUCACACACCUGGAAAGAAACUGAGUUAAGACAAAAUUACCUGAUUGCUCUAUUUAGUUUUUCAAUAGAAAUGAUUCCGGUUAAUAAUAAUAAAAAAAAAAGUUUUUGACACUUCUUAAUGUCUUUACAGAGGAGACAAAAUAUUGAGAUUCAGUUACUGUCACAAAACAAUUUGAUGAUAAUUCUAAGUGUUGAUCAAGUACUCCAGAUGUGUGACGAUGCAGCUUUAAACACCAAGACAGUAAUUAAGGCUAAGAAGCUUGACUGCAGAGCUACAGUAUGUAAUGUGUCAAGAGAGACUGAAAGAAUAAAAGAUGCAACUGAG